AUGUACGCCAUCACGAAGACCCUCGUCGUGAGCCUCCUCGCAGCUGGAAUUGCGACAUCUAUGCCCGAGCUACUAUCGGCACGCAACGGCUGCGGUGAUCCCGGAAUCGGUGGCGGAGCAUGCGUCCACGUCUACGCAGGACCCGACUGCCAACACAGCACCCUAAUCUCGCAACACGGCCCAGGCAAGUGCAACCGUGAAUGCCAGAGGCAGAACUACCGCCAAAACGAGACCGACCCGAGCGGGCCCUGGAUCGUGGAUCCUAUCGGCAGCGUUCUGGCUGUCGGCGAUGGGAAUCGCGGGACCAACUGCAUGGUGUAUACCGACCCAAAUUGCCAGGUGCAAGCCGGCGAGACGGGGUCCGCCAUAGACGCCGGGGGCAACAAGUGUUUCAAAGGCCUUCCUGAUUCCGUUCAAGAGUACGCCAACAAGGCGAUUCAGAGCUACGUAUGCCUGCGCGAUUGCUGA